UCGACCUCUGCGGGGCCUGCGCGGACGCAGCGAGAACCCUGAAAUUCAUUAUGCGUUUAAAACCUUUAUUUAUUUCCGCAUAACCUACAUACUCUCACCGGGAGGGCCAAAGCGGAGAAAAGAAACGACGACGGUCCAUCUCUUUCGGAUAAUUCACCGUUUGAAGUACAUUAUUUCUGUCGGAGGGGGAUACUGUUGAGAAAGUGAAGAUUCUAAUAUAUAUUAAGAAAAAUGUCCGGUGAGAGAAACCGCAGGUCGCUGGCUUUCCGAGGAGGUGGAUUAGCUGGGUUAACGGGUUCCAGCGGUAUCGGUGGGGGGAACUGUAACAGCUGGGAGGCCCCGGCCUGUCAAGACCGACAUUUUAACGGGAACAGGCCGGAUCAAGAGGAGGACAGGGAUCUGGGGGCUAAAGGAUCAUCGCAGAGGAGAGUGGAGGGCGCUGGGUCUGUCAGCGACAGCACGGAACCCGAGGCGGAGGAAGAAGAGGACCCGGAAGAGGGCAGCUUGGCAGCCGGAGACGGCGACGACCGUGUCGGCUCUGUGGAAGCGGAGGACGGGUCCAGGGAGGGGGAUAGCUUGACAGAGGGGAACGGUCCCAACAACGGCCAGGAGUCGGGAAGCGGAGCGACCGGGGGCGAGAGCAGGAAAUCUGGGGUAGAGAUGAGACCGCAGACGUUGCUUCAGAAACACUCAUUAUUCCACGCUUCGUGGUUGCAAGAAUUUCCAUGGCUCAAAUUUUGCCAGGAGACGGGACUCAUGUCCUGUUCUUGGUGUCACAACAUUGCCACUAAAAACAGCGACGAGCUUGUCAAAGGCAGUCGCAGCUACAAACGGGCCUUGCUGCUGAGACAUCACCUGUCUUCUGAACACGGGAGGAAUGACCCCACCAAACAGGAGACGAUGAGGCCCUCAGACAACGCCAGCCCCUCCACUAACUGCUCAGGGGAAGACUACCGCAACAAACCCAAUGAGAACUCCUACUGUUACCAGCUUCUCCAGGAGCUGGACAAGCAACGCAAAAGUGGCAUCCUCUGCGACGUCAACAUAGUGGUCUCGGGCCAGGUGUUCCGCGCACACAAGAACAUCCUGGUGGCGGGAAGCCGCUACUUCAAAACCCUCUACUGUCUGACCAAGAGCGAGGCCCAGGACCAGGCCACGGUCACGCACCUGGAUGUCGCUGCUGUGCAGGGCUUCUCCGUUAUCCUGGACUUUCUCUACUCUGGGAAUCUGCUACUCACAAGCCAAAAUGCCAUUGAGGUGAUGUCUGUUGCUAGUUACCUCCAGAUGACAGAGGUUGUACAUUCAUGUAGGGCUUUUAUAAAGGACGCCCUGAAUAUCAGCAUCAAGCAGGAGGCUCCCGAUUCAGUGGUGGUGGACUACAACAAGAGGCAGAUGGUGUCCAAAGAGGGACAGCGAGGGCUGGACCGGAAGCCGAGCAACUUCUGGGCCACAAGCAUCCUGUCAAAGCUGUCGAUCAAGGCCAGCAACAAUCAAGGAAAGGAAGCAAUGGAAGAAGAAGACGAAGCUGUCAGGGUGAAGGAGGAGGCCAGCGACAUAGAGGUGACAGUGGUUGGGGGUGAGGGCUGUGCCCUGGUAACCCCCGGAGCCUCUGGAAGCUGGCCCCACCACAACGACAACUCGUCUGAUUCAGUAGAGACCAAUGAAACACGGUCUACGAGUGGCCAGGUGUUCGUCUGGAACGAGCCAGCCACAGGGGGCGCUGCAGGAGCACCCGCAGCAAUAAAGCAAGAAGCUCCGGAUGCUGCGGCAGGAAGCGGACGGAGGAAAAAACAGACCACCACACGGCGUUUUGUGUACAACUUCCCACCAGAGCCAGAGGAGGGAUUUGACGAGGGGAUGUUCAUCCAGCCCUCAGCCUCCUACCCCAGAGAGGACUUCUCCUCCCUCUCCGAAAAUGCUGAGCUGGCCAAUCAGAUCCAGUAUAGCAUCAUCCAGGACUUACAGCAAGGGGAGUCCUGGGAGAAUGGUGAGUCCUCACACCUAGCCCUCAAUAAGCUCAAGUGCCCCCACUGUAACUACAUCGCCAAGCACCGGCGCACGCUCAAGAGGCACCUGAUCAUCCACUCUGGCGUACGCUCCUUCAGCUGCGACAUCUGUGGCAAGCUGUUCACCCGCCGCGAGCACGUAAAGAGACAUUCCCUGGUGCACAAGAAGGACAAAAAGUACAAGUGCAUGGUGUGCAAGAAGAUCUUCAUGCUUGCAGCAAGCGUCGGCAUCCGUCAUGGCUCGCGGCGCUACGGCGUGUGUGCAGACUGCGCUGACUCGCACCAGGCCACUCAGGAGGGCCUGGAGGCCAUGGAGGGCAUGGAGUUUCCUCGCGAGGAAGACUUCGAAGGCGAGGAAGGGGAAUACCUGGAGGGGGAGGAGCCUACCGACAACGACCAAUCAAAUUGGGGCGAGGGCAACGCUGGUGCUGCCCCAGAAGAGGACUAAGAAUUUAAACAAGCUUGAGAAACAAAAACUAAAAAAAAAGUUGAUGUUUAAUAUAUAUGUAUACAAAAACUAGCUGGUAAACAAUCAACUCCAAAGUGCUAUCAAACCUUGAGGUUACUUAAUUGUGCAAGAAUAUGACAAAGAGAUGGAUUUAAAAACAAAAAAAGCUUUGGUAGAGUGGGAACUCCAAGAUGUACAGAUUUUAUUGUUAAAAUGUGUCCAACUCUGGGCCCAGAGCCCUCAAGAGAAAGAUUCUAUCGACGAAUAAUAUGAUAAAUCAGGUUUUUGGUGAUGUAUUUUUAUUUCCUUUUUUUUUUUUUUUUUUUUUUUUUUUUUCGGGGGGAGAGUUGCAGGGUGAUGAUGUAGAUUUUGAGUUGGGGUAGGCCAAUCAUUUAAAAAAAAAAAAGCGAAAUGUUAAUUAUUUAAUUUAUGAAAAGAGGUUAUUAUGGUCUUAUCAGUAAUUUUUAUUUCUGUUGUUUUUGUCUGCGAGCAGAGGCACAGUAAUGGCUGCUGCCUGCUGCACAAUCUGAAAGUAUAUUGCUUGGUGCUUGUAGAAGUACACAGAAGAAGAGCAUUAUUGUCCACAGGAAGAUUUUAACUUGCUCUGUAGAUCUUGUUUAGAUGCGCUAAAUAUUAUUAUAUUAUUCUUUUCAAUUUUUUUUUCUUUCCCUGCACAAAUCUUGGAACCAAAAAAAUCUGUUUUGUGACUCUAAUGUAUCACAGCCAUAUUUAUGAUUAAUUUAAGAGGGCUGUGGUAUUGUGCCAAACAGACCGCACACCAAGAUUAAGCAGGAAGCAAAAACUACUGAAUACGCUUAAAAAAAAAAAAAAAAAAAAAAGACAACGUGAGGUUUUUUUGUUAAGCGGGAAAAAAGAUGACUUAAAAAAAAUUUACAAGGGGAAAUGUUAUUGCUAGCUUUAUACAAAUCACGGCGUCACAGUAACACUUUAUUAUUAUUAUUAAACAAAAGCAUUUGACUUUCACUUAAAGCUUGAAUUUUGCCAAAUGAUGAAACGUUUGGUGCUGUAAUGCUUGUCGCAGAAUACUGGACCUACAGGCUAUAUAUGAUGUUUAUAAUCAUAAAGCUUAAACUGACUCAGUUAUACAUAUGUAAUCAGCUUAAACUAUAGAACACUGUUGUGCUACGGCGACUAUCAGGUAUGCUUUGCCAUUGUUUUUGAGCUUUUAUUUUAUUUAAUGCACACACACACAUACCAUUUUGUAGAUCUACCGGCAGUACUUGUAAUUGACGUUUUGAGGACCUAAGUGGACAUCAAUACCUGUAUACGUUUGUUUAUAUUUGGUACUGAGUUAUAAAAUACAGUAUAUAUAUAUUUUGAAUCACUUGAACGUUGGUUGUGAGGAGAAAGAAGUGUGCAGAAAACCCUGAUGUGUGAUGUUUAAAGUCUGAGAGAACUCCAUUUUUCAUGUGUAAAAGGUAAACAAAAUGUCAUCGGUUUAAUUUGAUGUAAGUUUUUUUUUUUAGUUUUUUUUUUUUAUUAUUAUUUUUAGGUCUGCCAGGUAGAAAAACACUUUGUUCCACAAAAAGUGAAGCUCUAUGGCGCCUCAUAGACAUGCACUUACGUUUGUGUUCAUGAAAAUAAUUUUCUUCUAUGUUUCUUCGCUUCCCCAAAAGCGGGUCUGAAUGGAACUAUAUAAACUGUUGUGUCUUUCUUCCAAUGCGCAACUUUUUUUUUUUUUAUUAGACAUUUUGUUUUUUUGUUAUUUAAUAUUAUAUAUUGACUCCAAAAUGCAAUCAAGACUGUUAAUUUCUAUUUGUCCAACCAAAAUUGUUGUUUUUAAUUAUUGUUGAACUAUAAUGUAUGAGAAAAGCCAGGUGAAAACUUGCUUAGUGUAGAAAAUCCUUGCUUGUGUCUGUAAUUGUUGAGAUUUUUAAAUGUUUUUAUGCUACAGAAUCAUUCACUUUACCCUAGAUACAUAUUUUGUUUAAUUUUAUCCUUUCCACAGAUGUUUCCUUUCUCCUUUGUUAUUUCAUUAAGCACAUAUUUUCUAAAGAAACACGGAUUGUUUGCGGGUUAAAACCUUGGAACAGCAGUAUCUGUUCAUAUGCAGUGGAUUAAUAUACAGUAUGUACUGAAGUGCUAAUGAUACAGAAGAUGUGUAACUUCCCUUUACUCUCAGUGGAAGAAGAUAUAUUUUAAGUCAUAGAGAUAUUCAUCCUCUUCGUGUCACUUUUACCUUCAAAUCACUGUGGGAGGGGUUAUAUUAUGGAUAUAUAUAUAUCUAUAUAUAUAUAUAUGGAGAUUAUAUGAGAUAAAUAUAUAUAUAUAUUAUGAAGAAGCUAUUAUUUAAACUAGUGGAUUUACUUAAUGGAACACAUUGACAGCUCCAAACCUCCUGGCCUGGUGGUUUAUUUCCGUGAACUUUAACCUUUCGCUCUCUCUCUUUCUCUCUCUCUCUCUGUUCACGCUGUGUGCUUGCUCAUCACACCAUCCUGUUGUCUUGUUUGUUCUUUUGAUACUAUUUACCAUCCUACUGAUUUUACUGUAAUGAAUGAAAACUCAAAACUAUGAUGUAUCAUUUUAGAUUUUAUGCUGUAUUUGUUAUAUGGACAAAGAAAAAAAAAACAACGAAAAACUAAGCAAAAACACUACAGAUGUAAAGCAGAGGUUUUUUUUCCCCAGCUGUAUUUUUUUACGCUGUUGCAAAAGGUUGUAUUUUUCAAUUUCUCUCGAACUUUAACAGUGAUGCAAAACUUGGGCCGCGCCUCAGUGCCCUCCGAACACAAAGCAAAUUCAGGUUACUCUUUUUACGUUUUUAUCAAAGGUUUUCAAAGAUGGAACUACAUUCUCCUUUUUUCUGUCUGAAUUGUACUACUGUCCCUCUCUAUACUACAUUUUAAGAAUAAAACUUUGAUAUUGCUUUAA